AUCAUACUAUUUUUAUAUUAUUUAAACAUGCGUAGUGUCGAAGAAAUUUAUUCAGAACUUGAAUCAUAUAGAAAAAGUGUCCAAGGCUCUUUUUCAGAGAUUUCCGAGCUGGAUAUGUCCUGUAAAACUAUCUUGAAGAAUUACUUAAAUAGUACGAGUACCACAAAUCCAGCAGUCAAUAUAAAAAUACAAGCAGUAAUUGAUUACAUGUAUGAAAGAGUCAAUAUUGGUAAUUGGAAAGAGGUGAAACUUUUCUUAAGAAAAACUAUUACCAUAGCAUCAUAUUUGAAAUUAAUUUAUUUGGUAAAACUAGCAAAGUUUAUAGAUAAUAAUUUUAUAAAAGAAUCAUAUAAAAUAAUUGAUUUUGGCAUUUUAUUUGGAUGUCCACUAGAUAAUGAGCCUCAAUUGUUACAAAAUUGUGCAUCUUGUUUCAAUACCCUAUCCCAAGAGUCUUCUGAUAAUGACAAUGCGAUAUUGAAUAUACAAGAGAGCAUUAUAGUUGAAAGUAGCAAAUAUAAUACUCAGCCUCUCGAUAUUCUUGAUUGUCCUAGUAUGGAACAUUUCUAUAGAGAUUACAUUUUAAAAGAUAGACCUGCCAUUUUGAACAAUUGUAUCAAUCAUUGGCCAGCCCUAAAUAAAUGGAAACAUAUAAGUUACUUCAAUAAAGUUGCUGGUUCAAGAACAGUGCCUAUAGAGUUAGGUCGUGUUUACACAGAUUCUGAUUGGACACAAAAACUAAUGACAGUUGGUGAAUUUAUAAACAAACACAUUUAUCAAUCCCAUGGAGCUACAGGUUAUCUGGCCCAGUACCAGCUGUUUGAACAUAUUCCAGAAUUGAGAGGAGACAUUUCUGAACCAGAAUACUGCUGUUUCUCAGACAAUGAUGAAGCUGUAGAUAUAAUGGCUUGGUUUGGCCCAAAAGGUACUGUAUCGGCUCUACAUCAUGACCCCAAAAGAAACUUGUUAACACAAGUUGUUGGUGAAAAACAUAUAUUUCUAUUUUCACCCAAUGAUUCAGAGUUUUUAUACCCACAUGACCAUGAGUUAUUGAAUAACACAGCACAGGUGGAUCCAAGGGAACCUGACCUAGAGAAAUAUCCCAAAUAUACUAAUGCAACUGCAUAUUACUGUGUCUUACAUCCUGGUCAAAUGUUAUACAUACCUCCAAAGUGGUGGCAUUUUGUAGAAUCACUAUCUAUAAGCAUAUCAGUGAGUUUCUGGUGGAACUAAAACCAUGUUAAUAUUAAGAAAG